UUCGUUCUUCGUAGUCCGUCGUUCAAUUUAUAAUGGCGGUUAUUCUUCUCGUCAUCCACUUUGUCAUAAUUUAUGUUUGAAGUUUUUGGCGUCAUCUGUGUUAUUCUUCCCUAACAGUGUUAUCAGCUGUGCAUUUGUAGUCAUAUACAAUAUAAAAUACCUUUUUCGCUAGACAAUAUGAGUUCAACAACAACUAAUGCUCUGUUUGCUUGCUCUCGUUGUUUUUCAAGACAUCCUUUCGAAGAGUUAUCUCCUGGUGAACAGCUCUGCAAGGAAUGUCGUGGCUCCUUCCCCGUUGUAAAAUGCACGUAUUGCCGAUCCGAGUUUCAACAAACAAGUAAAUCUAAUACUUCUUCAAUUUGUAAAAAAUGCGAGGCUAAUGUGAAAGCUUAUGGCAAACCAACGGCAUGUGAAUAUUGCAACAUAAUAGCUGCUUUCAUUGGUAACAAAUGUCAAAGAUGUGCGAAUUCAGAGCGUAAGUAUGGACCAGCAGUGACUUGUGAGCAGUGCAAACAACGCUGUGCAUUCGACCGACAUGACGAUAACAAAAAGCAGGUGGACGGAAAACUACUAUGCUGGCUUUGUACGCAGUCCCUCAAGAGAGCCCUGGCCAGGACUAAACAGCAUCUAGCUGUUGACAAACACAAGCAUCGCUCGCACAAGUCGAAAAGCAGUCACAAGGACAAACGCAAGUCGGACAUGUUGAAGGGGAUCAACGAUGAGCCAAUGGAGAAAAAAUCUAAAUUACACCCAUUACAAGGUGAGUUAGAUCCGAAUUCUUCGGACCAUGUGGUAGCCAUGACGCAGCUCAAGGAAACCAUCGCCAGCUUGCAGAAGAAAGUCCAGAUGAAAGACAAUGAGUUACUCCACAAGGACAAACUGAUAACUGAAUUGAAGGCCCAGCAUCACAAUGACACAACGGAUCUUCGCAACGAGAUGAAGAACAAGGAUCGUUUGAACGAAACGAAAUUCAAUUUAAUGAAUACUAAAAUACAGAAUCUUCUCAAGGAAGUGGCCACGUUGAGCAAAUCCGCUAGAAAGAAUAAUAAGAACGCUAAAGCUGUCCUCGCCAACGAGAACAGUGGCAGCGGCACUGACAGCCCUAGCACCAAUUAGAACAAUAUAUCUGCAUAGUUCAAUGGAAAUAAUAAUUUUCCUUUUAUUUUUCUAUUCUACAAAUGGUUUCAUUUGUAGACAUAUUUAAAUCUAAGCAUAAGUAGGUUCCAUUUUCUUUUUCUAUCUGUAUACUAUUAUUUUAUAAUCUAACUUAUUGAAAGCAAGUUAUCUUAGUGUGUGUUAUGUGACUUGAAACUUAAAGUUAUACGUGAAUGAUAAUAUAAAUACUUUUCUUUUAGAUCGAUGAUGCAAAACCCACACUAAGAUAACUGACGAGUAAUGUGAUCGAAAUCAGAUGUUUUAUUUUUGUAUUUUUGCUUUUUUAUUCAAUUAAAAAAUUUCGUUCAGAAAAUCUAAAAAUGUGUACCUCAAGUUUAGUUUUUUUUUUUUAAUUUUAUUUCAUGACUUGUAACAUCUAUGCGACAGUACCAAAAUUAGAUAUACAAUUUUCAUAUCAUUGUGUGGAGUGUAAGAGCCCUGGUAGGUGUUAUAGAUGUAUUUGUUUAGUACAUCUAGAUGUCGACAUUAAAAAGGUUAGAAAAUAUAGAUAGAGACAACAUAACACUUACAUUUCUAAGUUAAUGGUAAUUUUUAUAUAGAAGUUUCUAGAAUGAAUAUGUAACGAUCAAGGCUAACAAGAUUGAAACAAAACAAAUGAUCUUAUUGUGUAAGUAGUAAUUUUUUUUGUUUAGUAUUUAAGUUGAAAUGUGAUUACAGGACAUUAUUUGUUAUUGGAUCUAUUCUUUUGAUAUUUAAAUAGUUUUAAAAAUAAUUGAAAUCAAUGAAAUAUAAUGAAAAUCAAAAUCCUGGCUGUUUGAAGAGUGGUGGAAUUAUGAGAAGUAUGUUACAAAUUUCUGUAACUCUUAUAAAUAGCUCCACAAAUUUAAAUGUUCUUUUUUCAAACGUUUCCGAUUUUAAUUAUUCACAACGUGACUGUCGGAAAAAAAAUCUUUAUUUUUAUUUUAUUUUUUUGUAUUUUCAGUUAAAUCAUUUUCAAUGAAAGAAAAAUAUUUGUGUUUUCUGUGGAGCCUGAAACGAAUAACUUUAGUUUACUAAACGUUUGUAACUCAACCGACGGAAUGUGUGAUAAAUGAUAUACAAAUGUAUGUUCAAAUAAAUAGCUAUUCUAAUAUAUGAGACGGUUACUGUCUAAGAUAAUCAAUUGUAAAAUCAAUGCAAUAAAUGAUGGAAAUAA